AUGGAAACUCCCACCGUCCCUAUCAACUUCGUCCCAGCCACGUCCGGCGAGUCCUUCAAACUCGGUACAAUCACGAUCCGAAUCAUGGAAGACGGAUCACGAACCGAUAAUCGAAUUGGCAGCGCAGAGUUCACCGUCCCUCCGCACACGUCUGGGCCUCCUCCGCAUUGGCAUGAGAUGCAUGACGAGACCUUCCUUGUCACCCAGGGCACACUGCGCUUCCACGCCUUGAACGGCCAAACCAUUGACGCCAAAUUGGGCGACUAUGUAACAGUCCCGACGCGAUCACCACAUACGUUCAGCAACCCAUAUGAUCAGGAAGCCAAGUUCUUCAACACAUACACUCCGGCGUUUUAUAUUAAUUAUUUCAAACUGCUCGCAAAGCUGGGAGAGGCAGGGAAACCGAUGAAUCCCGAGGCGAAUAGGAAGGCUAUGGCGUAUUUCGCUACCAUCGGCGUAGCAGACGACGAGAUGCAAAUGGACAAAGAGCAAUUCUACAGCAAUGCUCAGCCAAAGAAAUGA